CCAGGCUGAACGCACUAUGAUGGACCUUUUCGAGACCAAUACGUAUCUUUUUAACGACUUGCGCUACCUGGAAGCGGACCAUGGAGCCUUGCAGCACCUGGACGUGCCGGAAGUUUCUCCCCUGUAUGAAGAGGACGAAAGUCCCGAGUCUCCGAGCCAAGAUGGCGGAGAGGAGCAUGUUCUCGUCCCAAAGGCUUUAAAGUCACACUGCGACGGUCAGUGUUUGAUCUGGGCCUGUAAAAUCUGCAAGAGAAAGUCAGGCCCGACGGACAGACGGAAAGCGGCGACUUUGCGCGAGAGACGGAGACUGAAGAAGAUUAACGAAGCGUUCGACGCGCUGAAGAGGAAAACUGUCCCCAAUCCAAACCAGAGGUUACCCAAAGUGGAGAUUUUACGCAGCGCCAUCAGCUAUAUAGAAAAGCUCCAGGACUUGUUGCAUAACCUGGACGAGCAGGACAGACUGUCAGAGGACGGGGCCUUUAACCAGAACCCCAGAGAGCACAACGUGGCUAAUGGUGAGUAUCGAUGGAAACACUCAUGGCAGGGAAACUCAGAUCAUUCCAGUGCAGAGUCGUCUCAUCAGAGAGAAGGAUGUGGAACAGAGUCCCUGGCGUCCAGCAGUCUCCGUCGUCUCUCCUCCAUCGUGGACAGCAUUUCCACCGAGGACACGAAGACGAAUGAAGGGUGAUGAAGAGAAUGUUUGGGAAUGCGUGAAGAAGCUCGGCUCACAUUUUCACUUUCCUUUAACUGUCCAAGUUCACUUCAUAUCUUUAUACCAGAAAGAUGCUUUUUAUAGUUUGGUGUUGUUGGUUUUCUUGCGUCUACCGCCGCACGUGAUUCCAGUCUUCUACACAGAUUCCUCAGUAUUCAGCGCUAGUUACUUGUACAGCCAUUGGAAUGUAUUAUUGUUAUUUUAAAUAUUUUGUAUUUUAUUAUUAAAGUGAAAGAUGAAUAUGA